AGGUGCUGACUUAAAAGCUUGUAAUAAUGCUUCUACUGUUUGAAACGCCUGGAGGUUUCGCUAUUUUUAAAGUAUUAGAUGAAGGGAAGCUCUCUAAUGUCGAGGAUUUGGGCAAUGUGUUCUCCUCGGCAGAGUCAGCUCGAAAGAUGGUGAAGCUUAAAGCUUUCGACAAGUUUGACAACACGUCCGAAGCACUUGAAGCAGUAGCCAAACUAGUGGAGGGAACCCCCAGCAAGGGUCUCCGCAAGUUUCUAAAAGCUAACUGCAAAGACGAAACCUUAGCCGUUGCUGAUUCGAAGCUCGGAAACAUCAUCAAGGAGAAACUGACAAUAGACUGUGUCCACAACAACGCCGUUAUGGAGCUCUUGCGUGGCGUUAGAAGCCAGCUCUCCGAACUUAUCUCUGGAUUGGGAGAGCAAGACUUGGCUCCGAUGAGCUUGGGGUUGUCUCACAGUCUCGCUAGAUAUAAACUAAAGUUCAGUUCCGACAAGGUUGAUACAAUGAUAAUCCAAGCUAUUGGUUUACUUGAUGAUCUUGACAAAGAACUAAACACUUACGCUAUGAGGGUUCGUGAAUGGUACGGCUGGCAUUUUCCAGAGCUCGCCAAGAUCAUAAGUGACAAUAUCUUGUACGCCAAGUCUGUGAAGCUAAUGGGGAACCGGAUCAAUGCAGCUAAGCUAGACUUCUCUGAGAUAUUGGCUGAUGAAGUUGAAGCUGAACUUAAAGAAGCUUCUGUGAUCUCCAUGGGAACUGAAGUCAGCGACCUUGAUUUGAUUCAUAUUCGUGAACUCUGCGACCAGGUUCUGUCUCUUGCUGAGUAUAGAGCUCAGCUCUACGACUACUUGAAGAGCAGGAUGAACACAAUCGCGCCGAAUCUGACCGCCCUCGUUGGUGAGCUCGUCGGUGCUCGUCUUAUCUCUCACAGUGGGAGUUUACUGAACCUUUCGAAGCAGCCUGGGAGCACUGUUCAGAUUCUUGGAGCUGAGAAGGCUUUGUUUAGAGCGCUUAAGACCAAACACAAUACUCCAAAGUACGGUUUGAUUUUCCACGCGUCUGUUGUUGGACAAGCUGGGGGGAAGAACAAGCCUAGGAUCGCGCGGUCGCUGGCUGCUAAAGCUGCUCUUUCGAUCCGUUUCGAUGCGCUUGGUGAUGCGGGAGAUAACUCUAUGGGAGUGGAGAACCGUUUGAAGCUUGAGGCAAGGUUGAGGAGUCUAGAAGGGAAAGAUCUUGGACGUCUUGCUGGAUCGGCUAAAGGCAAACCGAAGAUUGAAGUUUAUAAUAAGGAUAAGAAGAUGGGGUCUGGAGGUUUGAUUGCUCCUGCUAAGACAUACAACACUGCUGCAGACUCUCUUCUUGUAUCAGCAGAGAAUGGUGUUAAAGAGAAGAAAGAUAAAAAGAAGAAGAAGAAGGCUGAAGCAGAAGAGGAAGAAGAAGCCAAAAGUGAGGAAUCUUCAAAGAAGAAGAAGAAGAAGGCUAAAACAGAAGUAGAACCUGAAGUUGAAGAACCUGCAAAGAAGGAGAAGAAGAAGAAGAAGAAGAGAAAGCACGAGGAGGAAGAAACCGAAGAGCCUGCCAAGAAGAAAGAAAAGAAGGAGAAGAAGAAAAAGAAGAGUGAAGCCUGAAGAGAGGUUUUAAAGUUAUUGAAUUGCUUAACUUUUAUUAACGUUUCAAUGUUUUGUUAUGCUUUUGAUUUAGUUGGUUCCCACUUAGUUAUCUAAAACUUUAACGUUUUGUAAGUUAGUGUGUGGUCUUGGUCAUUUUCCCAGAACCUUGCAUUACAAGUUAACGGAUUUAACUGGAUGGUCUAACCAGGUUUAACCAUAAACUUUCAUGAUCUUUUUUGAAACACGUUUUUUAUUGAAACAGGCUUGGAACAUAUUAUAUGGAUGUAUAAGAGUAUGCCAAAAUGAUAAUGAAAAAUUAAUGGUGGUUCCACACACGGAAAAUAUUAGCAAAGAAUAACAUUAUUGAUUGACACAUUAGCGGUAUUAAACUGACAUUGUUUCAAAAUAAAAAAAGGAUUAAGUAUUCCCUCCAGUAAUAAGUUAGUGUAUUCUAACUGAGAUUUUGAUUGAUUUGUAUUAAAAUGACAAAUGUUCAAAAUGAAUUUUAAAAAUUCAUUUAAAAUCAAGUUUUAUUGUAUUUGAUAUUUUAUAAAGUACUAAAAAUUCACUGCUGUUGAAAAUAUUUUAAAUUGGGGGAUGGUUUUAAAUACUUUAUGAAAUAUCAAAUUCAAUAAGAUAUUUUCUUAUGAUAUAUCAAAUUCAAUAGAAUAAUCGAGCUGAAAUACUUUGUUUAAAUAUCAGCUAAAAUACUUUAUGAAACAUCAUGUUUGAUAAAAUAUCAAGUUCAUGAGAAUUGAUUGAGUUUUUUAGUUAAAAAAAAUAAAAAUAAAAUUUCAUCGAUUUAUGUGAGAUUAAUCUAGAAUAGUUUAAUGAAAAUCAUAUUAAAUCUCCAAUCAUGCAAAAUCAUCAUAAUUUUGAAUACCACCCCUGACAGAUUUCUAAUACUUCCAACAAAAAUAUGACAAUAGUUCAACAAUCAUAUAUUCAUAUCUGAUGAUGAAUAUUCAAACAGUUAUAAAAAGAGAAGACGAAUCAAGGUAACAAUAACAAAUGUUCUUAGACUGAUGACUAUAAUAGCGGCCAAUCAAUCAUCGCCACGUAACCAGUUUUUGGCGAGUCCAAGCACACGAGUCGGU